UCGACCCUGCAGUCACACCUGGAGCUGCGAGGUUCCUCGCCGGUGGCCGCUUUGCUUGCACGCAGAGCCCGCCGUGGCCGCAGCCCAUCGCCCAAAACCUGAGGAGCCCGGCGAAGCGCACCGUCUUUGGGGCACCGAGGAGACCAGGCUAGCCUAUGAGAGAGCCCAGAUAACGCAGGUUGUGGGUACUCGCGCCCCCUAUCCCGCCAGCAUGGCCGGGCCGCUGCCCCUCAGAGAGCUUCCACCCGAGUACGUCCACCCAGCUCCAACCACAGCGUCUCAGAUCCCAACCGGGAACCUGAAGGCUCCGCUCUGGCUUCGUGCUUACUUCCAGGGUCUGCUCUUCUCUCUGGGCUGUAGCAUCCAGAAACACUGUGGCAAAGUACUCUUCCUGGGACUGUUGGCCUUUGGGGCUCUGGCGCUGGGUCUCCGUGUGGCCGUUAUUGAGACAGACCUGGAACACCUCUGGGUAGAAGGAAACCUCUAUUGGAAGCCCCUCGUGGCCUCUGUUGUUCCUUGUCUGCCACCAAGUCAGAGGAGGAUAAUGGGUAGCCGAGUGAGUCAAGAGCUGCAUUACACGAAGGAGAAGCUGGGAGAGGAAGCUGCCUACACCUCCCAGAUGUUGAUUCAGACUGCACGCCAAGAAGGGAAGAACGUCCUCACAUCUGAGGCGCUUGGCCUCCACCUCCAGGCAGCCUUCACUGCCAGUAAAGCGCAAGUAUCAUUGUAUGGAAAGUCCUGGGAUUUGAACAAGAUCUGCUAUAAGUCAGGAGUUCCCCUUAUUGAAAAUGGAAUGAUUCAGCGGAUGAUUGAGAAGCUGUUUCCAUGUGUGAUCCUCACCCCGCUUGACUGCUUCUGGGAAGGAGCCAAACUCCAAGGGGGUUCUGCCUACUUGCCGGGCCGCCCCGAUAUCCAGUGGACCAACCUGGAUCCAGAACAGCUACUUGAGGAGUUGGGCCCCUUUGCCUCCCUUGAGGGCUUUCGGGAACUGCUGGACAAGGCACAGGUGGGCCAGGCCUAUGUAGGUCGGCCCUGUCUGGACCCUGAGGAUCUCCAGUGCCCUGCUACGGCUCCCAACCACCACAGCAGGCAGGCUCCCAAUGUAGCUCAGGAGCUGAGUGGAGGCUGCCACGGCUUCUCUCACAAAUUCAUGCACUGGCAAGAGGAAUUGCUGCUGGGAGGCAUGGCCCGGGACCCCCAAGGACAGCUGCUGAGGGCAGAGGCCCUACAGAGCACAUUCCUGCUUAUGAGUCCUCACCAGCUGUACGAGCACUUCCGAGGUGACUACCAGACGCACGACAUUGGCUGGAGUGAGGAGCUGGCUGGUAUCGUGCUGCAAGCCUGGCAGCGGCGCUUUGUACAGCUGGCCCAGGAGGCCCUGCCUGAGAACUCCUCACAGCAGAUCCACGCCUUCUCUUCGGCCACCCUGGAUGAUGUCCUGCAUGCUUUCUCAGAAGUUAGCACCGUCCGUGUGGUAGGAGGCUACCUGCUCAUGCUUGCCUACGCCUGUGUGACCAUGCUGCGAUGGGACUGUGGCCAGUCCCAGGGGGCUGUGGGCCUUACUGGGGUAUUGCUGGUGGCCCUGGCAGUGGCCUCAGGCCUUGGGCUCUGUGCCAUGUUUGGAAUUGCCUUCAAUGCUGCUACUACUCAGGUGCUGCCCUUCUUGGCACUGGGCAUCGGGGUGGAUGAUGUAUUCCUGCUGGCACAUGCCUUCACAAAGGCCCCGCCUGGCACCCCUCCGCAGGAGCGUGUGGGCGAGUGUCUGCGGCGCACCGGCACCAGCAUCACGCUCACAUCAGUCAGCAACAUGGUGGCCUUCUUCACAGCUGCCCUUGUGCCCAUCCCUGCCCUGCGGGCCUUCUCUCUACAGGCAGCGGUCGUGGUCAGCUGCAACUUCGCAGCCGUGGUGCUCAUCUUCCCAGCAGUCCUCAGCCUGGACCUGUGCCGGCGCCACCACCAGCGCCUGGAUAUGUUCUGCUGCUUCUCUAGCCCCUGUUCUGCUCAAGUGAUUCAAAUUCUGCCCCAGGAGCUGGGGGAAAGGACAAUACCCAUGGGCAUUGCCCACCUGAUCACCACAGUACAAGCUUUCACCCACUGCGAAGCCAGCAGCCAGCAUGUGGUCGCCGUCUUGCCGCCCCAAGCCCACCUGAUGCCCCCCGCUUCUGCCCCGCUGGCCUCUGAGCUCUUCAGCCCUCGAGAGUCCACUCGAGACCUUCUAAGCCAGGAGGAGGACUCAAGGCAGAAGGCACCCUUGCAGCCCCCGCCCCGUGCCUGCUGGGAUCUUGCCCGCUUUGCGCGCUGUCACUUUGCACCCUUGCUGCUCCAGUCACACACCAAGGGCCUGGUGCUGGUGUUCUCUGGGGCUCUCCUGGGCCUGAGCCUAUACGGAGCCACCUUGGUACAGGAUGGGCUGGCCCUGGCGGACGUGGUGCCUCGGGGCACCAAGGAGCAUGCUUUCCUGAGCACCCAGCUCAGGUACUUCUCCCUGUAUGAGGUGGCCCUGGUGACCCAGGGUGGCUUUGACUACGCCCACUCCCAACGUGCCCUCUUUGAUCUGCACCAGCGCUUCAGUUCCCUCAAGGCUGUUCUGCCCUCGCCUGCCACCUGGGAACCCCGCACCUGGCUGCACUAUUAUCGCAACUGGCUCCAGGGGAUCCAGGCUGCCUUUGACCUGGACUGGGCUUCUGGCCGCAUCACCCACCACUCUUGCCACAAUGGCUCCGAGGAUGGGGCCCUGGCCUACAAGCUGCUCAUCCAGACCGGAAAUGCCCAGGAGCCUCUGGAUUUCAGCCAGUUGACCACAAGAAAGCUGGUGGAUGAAGAAGGCCUGAUCCCUCCAGAGCUCUUCUACGUGGGGCUCACUGUGUGGGUGAGCAGUGACCCCCUAGGGCUUGCAGCCUCACAGGCCAACUUCUACCCCCCACCUCCUGAGUGGCUGCAUGACAGAUUUGACACCACCGGGGAGAACCUUCGCAUUCCAGCUGCACAGCCCCUGGAGUUUGCUCAGUUCCCCUUUCUGCUGCACGGCCUCCAGGAGACUGCAGACUUCCUGGAGGCCAUCGAGGGCGCCCGGGCAGCGUGUGCAGAGGCUGGCCAGGCAGGGGUGCACGCCUACCCCAGUGGCUCCCCCUUCCUCUUCUGGGAGCAGUACCUGGGGCUGCGGCGCUGCUUCUUGCAGGCCAUGUGCAUCUUGCUAGUGUGCACCUUCCUCGCCUGUGCACUGCUGCUGCUCAGCCCCUGGACAGCAGCUCUCAUCGUGGUGGUCCUGGCCAUGGUGACUGUGGAGCUCUUUGGUGUCAUGGGUUUCCUGGGCAUCAAACUCAGUGCCAUUCCUGUGGUGAUCCUUGUGGCCUCUGUAGGCAUCGGUGUGGAGUUCACAGUCCAUGUGGCCCUGGGCUUCCUGACUUCCCAGGGUAGCCGGAACCUUAGAGCUGCCCAGGCCCUGGAGCACACAUUCGCCCCUGUGACCGAUGGAGCAGUGUCCACGCUGCUGGGUCUGCUCAUGCUUGCCAGUUCCAACUUUGACUUCAUUGUGAGGUACUUCUUCAUGGUGCUGACGGCGCUCACCCUCUUGGGCCUCCUCCAUGGACUUGUGCUGCUGCCUGUGCUGCUGUCCAUUGUGGGGCCCCCGCCAGAGGUAGUGCAGAUGUACAAGGAGAGCCCGCAAGUGCCAACCCCCGCAGCUGCACAGGAAGGCAGGCUCAGGUGGGGGGCAUCUCCCAGCCUGCCCCAGAGCUUUGCCAGAGUGACUGCCUCCAUGACUGUGGCCUUCCACCCACCCCCACUCCCGGGUGCCUACAUCCACCCAUCCUCUGACGAGCCUACAUGGUCCUCUGCUGCCACCCCCACUGCCAACACCUCUGGCAACCCCAGCACUAGGGGAUCAUGUCCAGCCACUGCAUAAAGGAACCACAGAAACAGAGGCCCAUGAGGUCACUGGAAAGUGGAGCAGGCUGCAGUCCAAGAUGCCCUGGCAGGUCCUGCCGCUGCCAUGUGCAUCCCGACUAAGCCCUCGCAGACUCCCGGAACUCCAUGCAGAACGGCCUGGUGCGCUGGGGCCCAUGUCUGCCCACAAAAGCCAGCACUUCAGACCACAGUGCUGUCCACACAAGGACCUGGGAUGUCUGUCCCUCAAGCACCCUGGGCCAGUGCUGGCCUUUCACUGCUCAGUGACUCUGAGGUAGGCUGUCCACCUCCUAUAAAUUAUUUAUAUGAAGAUGUUUAUUUUUGUAUUAUACACAGAUGUUAGCACUGCUGAAAGUUUUAUUUUUAAAGAAUGAAACAUAUUCUAUGUGAACUUCUCUCAGAU